UGGGAACACCUUCUACCACAUUCUUCCCUUCCUGUUGGCUGUUCAUGAAGUCAACCAGAAUUCAAGGUUCUUACCCAACAUCACCCUGGGCUACAACAUCUAUCAGAACUUUUUCAAUGCAAGAAUGACAUAUGAGGCCAUGCUGGAUGUGCUGUCUACAGGACAGGAGAAUAUCCCAAACUACAGAUGUGGAAGACAAAAGAACUUGCUGGCUAUUCUUGAAGAGAUGAAUUCUGAACUCUUUGAUCAUAUUUCCAAUGUCUUGAGCAUCUAUAAAAUUCCACAGCUCCAUAGGUUCCUGAGGAACUUCCAACAUCAAAAUAUUUCCACAGAUGGGAUUUCUUUUGAUGAAAAUGGAGUUCCUGUUGGUGAUUUUGAUAUCAUGCACUGGACAUCACUUCAGAACAAAUCAGAUGCGGGGGUGAAAAUUGGGAGUGUAGAAAGCCGAUCCUCUUCAGAAGUCAAGAUUUCUCUCAAUCAAAGUGCCAUCCAAUGGCCAACUUUAUUUAACAAAGUAGUUGAGGCUGCUUGGAUUUUGCUCUUAUUUAUCUCCAUAUGUUGUCCAGAUGACCAGUAUUCCAAUAAGAAGCGGGAUCAGUGUGUCCCCAAAGGCAUAAGCUUCUUAUCUUAUGAAGAAUCAUUGGGACUCAUCCUGGCUUUCUUUGCUAUUGCUUUGUCCCUAACCACUGCCUUCAUUCUGGGAAUCUUCAUUAAAUACCAAGAAACUCCCAUAGUCAAAGCCAACAACCGUGAACUCACCUACGUCCUCCUGGUUUCUCUCCUGUUUUCUUUCUUGACUUCCCUUCUAUUCAUCGGUCGCCCCAUGAAAAUGACCUGUCUCCUUCGACAAAUCAUUUUCAGUAUUGUUUUCUGUGUUGCCGUAUCUUCUUUGCUGGCCAAGACUGUAAUGGUGGUGGUGGCCUUCCUGGCUACAAAGCCAGGAAGCAGUUUGAGGAAAUGGCUGGGGAAGGGUCUGGCCCACUCGAUUGUUUUAUCCUGCUCUGGUAUUCAAGUAGGCAUCUGUAUGACAUGGCUGGGAAUCUUUCCCCCGUUCACAGAUUCUGACUUUCAUUCCCAGCCAGAAGACAUCCUGCUGCAGUGCAACGAAGGUUCAGUGGCCAUGUUCUACACUGCCCUUGGCUACAUGGGUUUUCUGGCUGCCAUCUGUUUCUUGGUGGCGUUUCUGGCUCGAAAUCUGCCAGGGACCUUCAAUGAAGCCAAACUGAUCACUUUCAGCAUGUUGGUUUUUUGUAGCGUUUGGAUCUCCUUUGUCCCCAGCUACCUGAGCACCAAAGGGAAAUACAUGGUGGCUGUGCAGAUCUUCUCCAUCUUGGCCUCCAGCCUCAGUUUAUUGGGUUGUAUUUUUGUUCCCAAGUGCUACAUUAUUACACUGAGACCUGACAUAAACACCAAGGAA